CACUUCCUUCACUCACUUGUAUCCAUCACAGAAGACUGGAAAGAUGUCUCAUCGCACGCAUUCCACAAUACCAUGCGCGCGUAGAGUACGAACGCAGAAUGCCUGCUUCCGACAACCCCGCGGUGCCCAAGUUUGGCAGCUUCAAAGGCAGGGAACGAAAGCGAGUGAGAGAUGAGUCGGGCGAUACCGACAAACACUCGCGACCUCGGCCAUCACACAAGGACCAAGAUACAGCGAGGGUUCGACACACACGCACAGACAAGCAUGGUGGCAAGUCUGCCGAAGUAGGCUCGCGAAAGCCAUCCCGAAGUCAAUCUCCGGGACGGCCUACCGACUCUGCGCUCUUCGUGGUGGAUGUUCGAGGCGAUUCCAAGAUCAUCCAAUUUGGGGGACUGCAUCGCUACGACAUCCCAUCAUAUCACCGUGUCGGAGCCGGUUCCGUCAUUGGAGCGUCACCGAGCGUGAAAAUCGAUCGAGAUGGUCUCACUGAAAAGGAUGUUGCGUUCCGUCGGACCAAUGCACACCACCGAACAAACCUGACGACACUUGAGAGGAGGGAUGAAUCACACCGUCCUGGCUUUGAAGAUGCGCGUUCAGCCUCAGCAUCCUACGUCGGUGAUGGGGAGUCGCAACAAGACUAUCUCAGCUUCAGACGGAGGCGGAGCUCCAGCGCGCGGCCCGAGGGGCAAGGUAUUUGGGCUCUGAUUGAAGAGCCAACACUAUUGGAGGAGGGUGAUUCUUCUCAUUGAGCUCCGGUCGUUCAACCUGGAACGAACAGAUGUGUUGCAUAUCGUCCGCUGCUUGUACUCGCUCGUCGAGACUAAUCCUGCCGAGGCGAAAAUGCGUCCAAGGGGGUUCAUUGUUGUUUCAAUCUAUAUCUCGCAAGUCACACUUCUCAUCGAUACGCCGGUGCAUGUAGAGUAGAUCGC